AUGGCCUCUUACUACGCAGGGCUCUCCCUGCGGGAAAUCUACGAACGGAAGUGUACGGAGCUGCAAUGCCGCAAGAACUCCGCGAUAUGCCACGUCCUCUCCAACGUCCCUGACGAGUUCAAUAGCCUGACGCUCAUUGACCUCUCCAAGAACUUCUUAGGCCCAAAGGGCAUACUCCCGCUCCUGGAGAUCAUCCGUUGCUGUAGAAAUAUCCGCACCCUCGACCUCCGCGAGCAGCAGUUGGAUAACGACGCCAUUGACGCGCUUUGUCUCGCAUUGCGGCAGCACCCAUCCGUUGUGAGGAUUAAUCUCACUGAUAACCCAUUGACUAUGUCUGCAGGAACUUCACUUCUGCAGCUCGCCAAGACUAAUCCGGUAAUUGAGUACAUAAUACUUGACAAGAGUGGGAUACGACCCUCGCUCCUAGCGGUGAUACAGGCACAUCUAGAGCGGAACCGGGAGAAGAAGGACAAGGCGGCGGAGCGGGGGUUGGAGGCCCCCAGUCCAUCCGAGGAGGUUUUGACUAGUUGUAAUGCCAAUCAUAAUGGCGGCAACGAACCGGAUUCGUCAGCCCCCGUGUUCCGUGCUGCAGGUGUAGGAAAGACAGGUGACCCUUCACUAAACGGCACAGCGGCACACGGCGACGGUACCGAGCGAAAACGUCUAAAGAUGCAUGAUGUGGAGGCAGCCUUGCUGUCUUUCUCAUGUAGCGUCCACGAGGUCCUAUUUGACGAGAACCCUGUCCCAGCCAUAGCACAGCUUUGUGAACAGAAGCAUGCGUGGUUUUACGACACUCAAUUCGCUGCCGAUGAUGUGGGCGUGCAACAUCGGGCAACAACAAAGUAUGGUAUCUCUGGUUGGCGCCGUGUGUGCGAUAUUUAUCCAUCCGCGAUGCUGUUCCCUGAAGAAGAGGAAGUGGACCACGUGGCGAUGCCGCGGAACUGUCGCCCAUCUUUCUCGUGGAUUUUCACCUGUGUGGAAGCUGUUUCCACAGAUUUGGAGACUCUCCAAAACACGGUGCUGCGUUCACACUGUGGAAGUCAUGGAGUGUAUGGCCUGCGCGUUCACAUUGAUGGAGCGUGGAGGUACGUCAUCGUUGAUGACUUCCUUCCCGUGGACAGCAAGGACAAUCUUAUCUUCACUCAACCAGUGGACGGGAAGUACUUCUGGCCAUGCAUUCUCGAAAAGGCUCUUGCAAAGAUGCACGGUGGCUAUCCUGCACUUGAUAUGUCUCUUUUUGACAACCCAAGGAUUCGGAUGCCUUCCCAGAGGAUAGAUAGGAGCAGCAGGAUUAUCCACAAUCUUCGCGCCCGCAGUCUUAUUCCAACCGAUUUGCUGAACAUGAAUAGUGACAACAACAAUGAACGACAAACGAACUGCUCCAAAACUUUGAGUGACCUAAGUGGUGGGGUGGGUAUUGUGCGAUUCUUGCACCAUGAGGGUUUCCAGGCCGAUGAGUGGUGGUUGACAAUGCUCGACCUUUACGCUGCAGGGGCCAUGAUGGUGGCGAUGAGCGGUUCAUCGAGGAAUACACCUCCUGGCAUAGAGCCACGCCAUGUGUAUCGUAUCCUUCAAGUGCAGCAGGUAUAUGGAAUGCGGCUUAUUGAGCUUUCUAGCCUUUGGGCAAGCGCACAGUGGAAGGGUGACUGGUCUGACGAGUCUUCACUGUGGAACCGACACCGGGAUGUUGAUGCCGCACUCCGCGGGCAACGCUCGGCUAACAAGUCCGUCUCAUUCUGGUUGUCAUACACCGAUUUUAUUUCCGCAUUGAGUGAGGUGCAUAUGUGCCAUGUGUUUCAUGGAUUUAAUGAACGUGUUUUAGAGGGCGAGUGGGACCAAAACAGCGCCGGUGGGUCGUGUUUUGAACAUCACUGGCACCUCAAUCCUCACUACAGACUAAAAAUAACUCAAAAAUCACCAUUUUUCAUUAAUCUCGCUGUACCUGACACGCGCUUUACACCUACUGAUGUUGAGUCACUUGCCAUACAUAUUCUUCAAAACAAGCAUUUUCCUGUCCGAUACAAACACGAUACAGAGCAGAUUGUGGCAGCAACAAGUUACGUGGUCACGGACUCCAUUUCAUUUGAGGGUAUUGUGCGGGCAGGAGACAACUAUUGGGUGGUUCCAAGUUCUCACACAGGUGGAGUCAUGGGGAAGUUCUUCCUGCGCAUAUUCAGCCGUUCUGGGUUCAUUAUUUGGAAGGAAGAGCUCUCGUACCACUGGAACACAAUGACGUAUGGAGACACAGUGGAAUGCAGUGGAGAUUAUGGCGCUGGUGAUGAUAACGCGCAACUCAGUCUCAGCUUUGACUCUGGUAGCGCCUUUGGAAAUGAUGAAACGAGGAAAGGGGUUCUCGUUAUGAAGGUACGUGCGUCAGAUAGUGGUGAAGUCGCUCUCGGGAUGUUUCUUGUGAUGUCGACCAUGGUGGAGGACAGACCUUCACGGUCGGUUGGAGUUUUGAGUGAAGAGAGUAUUGUAGCGUCAAGUAGCUUCGUUGUGGAUGACUGUGUGUAUCUAGAAGCCGAAGUGUCUCCGUUUCAGACGUAUACACUCGUUGUGUGUGUGAAUCCGGUGGGAUCGCGUGCAAAACUCGACUUUACGAUAUGGAGUUCACUCUCAGCGCCACGGCUUACGCCGUUGCCCGUGUGGGAAAAGAAGAUUGUGUCCGUGUCGUGGCCGCAGGGAAGCGGUUCUUACUACGAGGUGACACGAAAUCCCCAGGUUGAAAUUUACCCGGCCAAAGUGCACAGCACACUUGUAAUACGAAUGCAGGUGAGAGAGUGCAGCUACACUGAUCCCGCCAUUGUAUUUUUUGUAUUGGCUAACGAUGGUCGUCAGGGUGAAGGAAUCAAGGGGCAAAUACCGGCGGAUAGAGUAGUGGUUCGUUCUCAGUAUGUGCGACACCACACGGUCCAAUGUGAGCUUCAGGUUGUGGAGCCUAUGGACUCCUUGCUGGUUAUACCAUGUCUCCAGCCCGCCGGUUCGCUUGGGGACUGCACCAUCAGCGUUGCGACGGAGAGUGGUGAUGUGACGGUUCGCGUUUUAUCAACAAGUUGA